AUGGCGCAACACCCAAUUGCUACUUUGAACGAAGAACUCAUCCCUCGUCUGCCUCCCUCCUCCCCGACCCUCUUCGAGGCAAAGAAGAAGAAGAACCUAUCUUUCGAAGCCAUCGCAAAGCACGUCGGGCGCGAUGAAGUAGCAAUCGCCGCUCUCUUUUACGGUCAAGCCAUGGCAUCCGCCGAGGACAUCAAGAAGCUGUCUGAAAUUCUAGAGAUUGACGCUGGGCUGAUCGAAUCGCUUGGAGGCUUCCCUAACCGAGGCAGCACGCUCGAUAUGCCACCAAAGGACCCGACCAUCUACCGCCUAUACGAGAUUGUACAGAACUACGGACAGGCGUACAAGGCGGUCAUGCACGAGAAGUUUGGUGACGGCAUCAUGAGUGCCAUUUCCUUCAGCACCAAAGUAGAGAAGGAGACGGAUGACAAGGGCGAAUGGGCCAAGAUUACGCUAAGGGGCAAAUGGGCUGCCCAUCGAACCAGCGUAACCAAGGCGACAACCCACAUUGCUCGCACACAGGUGAGCGCAGCUCUAAUGCCGCGGUCUUUCAUUGCCUUGAAACUAACUCCGCACAUAGUAGGAGCGAGUCAAGCUCGUACAUCCAAGAACCACCCCCACGAACUCACGAGAGUCGAUCAUAACCACGAAGCCAAGAUGCCAGCAACACUUGAGCCAAUCCGACGCGUCAAGUGUACUUACAAAGACUGCAACAUGUCCUUCGAGACUGAGAAGAUCAUGAAGAAUCAUAAGAAGAACACUGAUGAACACGAGUACUGUCACAAGUGUGACGAAGACUUCGAUACCUUCGAGGACUACGCCAUGCACAAGAUCACGCGUCCAGAAGAGCACAACCUGGCAUGCCGUGUCUGUGGUGAUGAGUUCAAGAGCAAGUCAGGCCUGAAGCGCCACAUCGAGCUCAACCACAAAGUCGACCAGAAGCUCACCUGCAUCGGCUGCCAGAAGUCGUUCUACCGCGCAUGCCUCUUCAUCGAGCAUCUUGAGUUCGGCCACUGCGACGUCAUUCCAGCACAGCAGUUCCAAGGCCAUAUCGUCCACAAACAUCUGAUUGCGGAUUUGCUGGACGGCGGCGAGCAGUACGUUCGCUUUCUGCAGAAGACAUCCAAGUACGAGGCAGCCAUCGACCAUGAUGAUCCAACUGGAGUCGACCUCACUGAUGAUCAUUUCGGCGACGAGUAUGAGAUUGGAGAAGUCAAGUACGAGGCGAUCAAGCCGGAUAAACCCGAACACGAGGAUGUUCCAGUCUUCUACGGCCGGUAUCCUCCUCUUCCCUCUCAAGCCAAAUCCAUUCCGGACGUAGAUGCAGCAAUCGCACCGAUGAUGGGCAGCAUCUCUCUCAACGGAGCUGCUGAUGACGACUCUGAUGCUUCGACAGCCGUUGAAUCCCCUGUCAUAAGUGGCUUCCCACCAAGGUCCAGUUCUCAUCCCGGACACUCUCAUCAAGGCCAAAGUUGCUCUUCUGCACAUGGCGAGUCCGCGGCUCAGAGCUCAAACACCCAGUCCUCCAGUCGCCAGACCAAGGUCUGGGGCUCUCGCAAGGGCAAGACAACGAGCUCAGUACUAUUCCCCAACGCCAAGCCCAAGGCCCCUCCCAGCGACUUCUCCAUCUCCGCCCACGACGAGAUCAUGGAAAAGGAACACGGUCGCAACAUCUUCAGCUUUCGGUUCUGGGAUCCCAUGAGCGACGACUGGAAUCCCGAGCGCUUCUGGGACCCCAUCGUCAACAAGUACUACUGUCCCUUCAUCUGCGAACAGUCUUUCCCCAUAUCCAGCGACCUCCACACGCACAUCCUCGGCGACCAUCGCAUAACCCGCAUGAAAUGCCCAAAGUGCCUCAAAUACUUCAAGUCCGCCACCGCGCUAAUGGCGCACUGCGAGUCGCGUGGAGCCCGUUGCAACAUCAACCAGACGGACAACUUCAACAAUUUCCUCGACCGCAUGUCUGGAGGCUUCCUUGGUGUCAAUGAGAAGAUUCGGCCUGAUCACCUUAAUACGCGUUCUGUUAUGAUCCAGAACUCGGAGACGGGCCAUAUGGAGCUGUACAAGCCGCCGGUUGCGAGCUAUCUCCAGUAUGAGGUUACGACGCCCCCGGAUUGGAAGGAUCCGGUUAGGCAGGGUGUGACGAUUGGGGGCAUGGGCGGGGGAUCACGGUGGUGA